UUCCAGCUUUUCUUUACAUGCUCAGAAUUUAUUUGCAUUGUCUUUAGCCCUUUGAUUUUUUUUGGCAUGCUUAUGGAUUUGCUUUUCUUUUUAAAGUCCCCUUUAUUAGAGAUUUGUAGAGAUUUGGUUGAAGUCACAGAUGCCAUAUUCUUCAUCUUUAUAAUGCAAGUUUUCUUUCCAGGUAGAAGGACAAGAAACUAAUGAGCCAAUGCCAUAGAAACGCAAAGGGUUAAAGGUUUUUCUUUUACUUUUGUUUUGGGUACUCUUUCUAUAUGUUGAACAAAUGUGCUUUUCUGCUCAAAAUACUUUCAAAUUAUUGAAAGUUUUCAUUCCGAAAUCUAGAGUUUUAGGACUGUUACUUUGGAGAAACUAUUUCUCACACUAGAGCUCUCCCCGUAUUGUUCUAAAUGUAGCUUAGUAAAUGCACCUCCUUUGCUCUGAGCAUACUUUAAGUUAAAAGUGUGUAUCCAAAGACUUUGCUAUUCUCAUAGUUGGAGUCUGUUUCGCUAAUUGUAGUGUGCGAGUCAGCACCAGGGGCAUAGUGAGGCUGAUGGAAGCUUCCUCAGGUGAGUGAGCUUCACAGAACGAGGUGCCUGUUUCUUAGAGUUAGAUUCUGCUGCAGGUUUAUGAGCUAGACUUUCAGCCUGCAUGAAUUAGUAGGGAUAUUCUUUUUUUUACUUGCAUAAUUGUAAUUGAUUUAAACAUGUAUGUCAGAAUUCACAGGCCCAUACUAACUGUCCUUAAUUUCUUUCCUACAGCAGUACUGCUAUAUGCCAGUCCUGUCUGCAUUCUUAAGGGUGCAGCUCAACACAUCCUCUCUAGAUUAUGGUGAAAAAGUAUCCCAAAGGAAGUCUUAGCAGAGCUAGUGUCAGAAAGAAUGACACUGCCAAUUGGGCAUGAUCGUCAGCGUAGGAAGUGUCUUAGAGUUUUAUGAUAUUUUUUUCCCUGAAUUUCAAUGCUAUACUACUUGUAUAGCUAAUUAUCUGAUUCUAAAGCAUAAUGUGCCUCUGUGAAUCUUGUUAUAUACUCUUUGGGCUUCUUUAAGAUAUUUUGAAGUUUGCAGUGCAAAUACUAAAACUUUAACCGAGAGACUGACACAUCUCUUUGUACACCACUUUUCUUCUGCUUUCGUCAUGAUAAUGUAGAAGUAAUAUAUUAAAAGUUAUAUGUUUCCAGAUGUAAUUUAUACUUUCUAAGAAAUAAAAAUAUGUUUCUGGGUCAUCAAAUCUUUAAAAAGCAUGAAGCCCUUUUUUAGUAACAUGACAUCAGAGCAUGAUGAUAGGUAUGUUUUUAAAAAUGAGAUUUUCUAAAGUACAGCUGUUUUAGAUCACCUAAGAACUUAUUAGUCAGAGUUAUUUGUAGUCAGGAUUUUAACAGCUUGCAACAGGUAAUGUUUUGCAUAUAAACAUCUUUCCAAAGUGUUACUAAUGGUAAAGAGAUAAUUUUCUAGGCUUCUAUUCUGCUGCUUGAAGUCAGAACUGCUGAUGGAGACAAAGGCACGAAAGUGAGGGAAGACCCCUGACCCUAAAAUGAACGCUCGGACUUACAUGGAUGUAAUGCGAGAACAGCACUUGACUAAGGAAGAGAGAGAAAUUAGGCAACAGCUAGCAGAGAAAGCUAAAGCUGGAGAGCUGAAAGUCGUCAAUGGCGCGGCAGCGUCCCAGCCUCCCUCAAAGCGAAAGCGGCGCUGGGAUCAGACUGCUGACCAGACUCCUGGUGCCACUCCCAAAAAGCUGUCCAGUUGGGACCAGGCAGAGACCCCUGGGCAUACCCCAUCUUUAAGAUGGGAUGAGACACCAGGUCGUGCAAAAGGAAGCGAAACCCCUGGAGCAACCCCUGGCUCAAAAAUUUGGGAUCCCACGCCAAGUCACACACCUGCCGGAGCUGCUACUCCUGGCCGAGGCGACACACCUGGCCAUGCGACCCCGGGCCAUGGAGGCGCGACUUCUAGCGCUCGUAAAAACAGAUGGGACGAGACCCCCAAAACUGAGAGAGAUACUCCCGGGCACGGAAGUGGAUGGGCUGAGACUCCUCGAACAGAUCGAGGUGGAGAUUCAAUUGGAGAGACCCCGACUCCUGGAGCCAGUAAAAGAAAGUCCCGAUGGGAUGAGACCCCGGCCAGUCAGAUGGGUGGAAGCACUCCUGUUCUGACCCCUGGAAAGACGCCCAUUGGCACCCCAGCCAUGAACAUGGCCACCCCAACUCCAGGUCACAUUAUGAGUAUGACCCCUGAACAGCUUCAGGCUUGGAGGUGGGAGAGAGAAAUUGAUGAGCGAAACCGCCCACUCUCUGAUGAAGAAUUGGAUGCUAUGUUCCCAGAAGGAUACAAGGUACUUCCACCUCCAGCUGGUUAUGUUCCCAUUCGAACCCCGGCCCGGAAGCUGACAGCAACUCCAACACCAUUAGGUGGAAUGACUGGUUUCCACAUGCAGACAGAAGACAGAACUAUGAAAAGUGUCAAUGACCAGCCUUCUGGAAAUCUUCCAUUUUUAAAACCUGAUGAUAUUCAGUACUUUGAUAAACUCUUGGUUGAUGUUGAUGAAUCAACACUUAGUCCAGAAGAGCAAAAAGAGAGAAAAAUAAUGAAGCUACUUUUAAAGAUUAAGAAUGGAACACCUCCAAUGAGAAAGGCUGCAUUGCGCCAGAUCACUGAUAAAGCGAGGGAGUUUGGAGCUGGGCCUCUGUUUAAUCAGAUUCUUCCCCUGCUGAUGUCUCCUACACUUGAGGACCAGGAGCGCCAUUUGCUUGUGAAAGUCAUUGAUAGGAUAUUGUACAAACUAGAUGACUUAGUACGGCCGUAUGUGCACAAGAUUCUUGUGGUCAUUGAACCGCUGUUAAUUGAUGAAGAUUACUAUGCCAGAGUGGAAGGCCGAGAGAUCAUUUCUAAUUUGGCAAAGGCUGCUGGUCUGGCUACUAUGAUCUCCACCAUGAGACCUGACAUAGACAACAUGGACGAGUACGUCCGUAACACGACAGCUCGAGCCUUUGCUGUUGUAGCCUCGGCCCUCGGCAUUCCUUCCUUAUUGCCAUUCUUAAAAGCUGUGUGCAAAAGCAAGAAGUCUUGGCAAGCCAGACACACGGGUAUUAAGAUUGUACAGCAGAUAGCUAUUCUCAUGGGCUGUGCCAUCCUGCCACAUCUCAGAAGCUUAGUUGAAAUCAUUGAGCAUGGUCUCGUGGAUGAGCAGCAGAAAGUUCGGACCAUCAGUGCGCUGGCCAUUGCUGCCUUGGCUGAAGCAGCGACUCCUUAUGGUAUCGAAUCUUUUGAUUCAGUGCUGAAGCCCCUGUGGAAGGGUAUCCGCCAGCACCGAGGAAAGGGUUUGGCUGCUUUCUUAAAGGCUAUUGGGUAUCUUAUCCCUCUCAUGGAUGCAGAAUAUGCCAACUACUAUACCCGAGAAGUGAUGUUAAUCCUUAUUCGAGAAUUCCAGUCUCCCGAUGAAGAAAUGAAGAAAAUCGUGCUGAAGGUAGUAAAACAGUGUUGUGGAACAGAUGGUGUAGAAGCAAACUACAUUAAAACAGAGAUUCUUCCUCCUUUCUUUAAACACUUCUGGCAGCACAGAAUGGCUUUGGAUAGAAGAAAUUACCGACAGUUAGUUGAUACCACUGUGGAGUUAGCAAACAAAGUAGGUGCGGCAGAAAUCAUAUCCAGGAUUGUGGACGAUCUGAAAGAUGAAGCUGAGCAGUACCGAAAAAUGGUGAUGGAAACAAUUGAGAAAAUUAUGGGCAACCUGGGAGCAGCCGAUAUUGAUCACAAACUUGAAGAACAACUGAUUGAUGGUAUUCUUUAUGCUUUCCAAGAACAGACAACAGAGGACUCUGUGAUGUUGAAUGGCUUUGGCACAGUGGUCAAUGCACUUGGGAAACGAGUCAAACCGUACUUGCCUCAGAUCUGCGGUACAGUUCUGUGGCGUUUAAACAACAAAUCUGCCAAAGUCAGGCAGCAGGCAGCGGAUUUGAUCUCUCGUACUGCUGUGGUCAUGAAGACUUGUCAGGAGGAAAAGUUGAUGGGGCACUUGGGUGUUGUGCUGUAUGAAUAUUUGGGUGAAGAGUAUCCCGAAGUAUUGGGCAGCAUUCUUGGAGCCCUGAAGGCUAUUGUAAAUGUAAUAGGUAUGCACAAGAUGACCCCGCCAAUUAAGGAUCUGCUGCCCAGGCUCACUCCCAUCUUGAAGAACAGGCAUGAGAAAGUGCAAGAGAACUGCAUCGACCUUGUUGGACGUAUUGCUGACAGGGGAGCUGAAUAUGUUUCUGCAAGAGAGUGGAUGAGGAUUUGCUUUGAGCUUUUAGAGCUCCUAAAAGCUCACAAAAAAGCUAUUCGUAGAGCCACGGUCAACACAUUUGGCUAUAUCGCAAAGGCCAUUGGCCCUCACGAUGUCUUGGCCACGCUCCUAAACAACCUCAAGGUUCAGGAGAGGCAGAACAGAGUGUGCACGACGGUGGCCAUAGCUAUUGUCGCCGAGACCUGCUCCCCCUUCACAGUGCUCCCCGCCCUCAUGAACGAGUACAGAGUUCCUGAGCUGAAUGUUCAGAACGGGGUGCUGAAGUCUCUGUCCUUCUUGUUCGAAUAUAUUGGUGAAAUGGGCAAAGACUACAUUUACGCCGUGACGCCGUUACUGGAAGAUGCUUUAAUGGAUAGGGACCUUGUGCACAGGCAGACGGCCAGUGCGGUGGUGCAGCACAUGUCGCUGGGCGUGUAUGGCUUUGGCUGUGAGGAUUCUCUGAAUCACCUGCUGAACUACGUGUGGCCCAACGUGUUCGAGACAUCGCCCCACGUGAUCCAGGCGGUCAUGGGUGCGCUGGAGGGGCUCCGGGUCGCCAUCGGGCCAUGCAGGAUGCUGCAGUACUGCCUGCAGGGUCUGUUUCAUCCGGCUCGGAAGGUCCGGGAUGUGUACUGGAAGAUCUACAACUCCAUCUACAUCGGCUCCCAGGACGCGCUCAUCGCCCACUACCCCCGCAUCUACAACGACGACAAGAACACCUACAUCCGCUACGAACUCGACUACAUCUUGUAGGGCCCCAUGCACAGCUGUUUCACCCUUAAACUCGCUUCAAUUUGGUGAUAUACAAUUUUAAACGUUGCAGAUCAGUAUAGAGCUGGUCCUAGAGGAAGAACUAGAAAUCCAGUAGCAUGAUUUUUAAAUAACCUGUCUUUGUUUCUGAUGUUAAACAAUAAAUGCCAGUAGCGACCAAGAACACAAUGAUUACACGUACUAUACUGGAGGGAUUUCAUUUUUAAUUCAUCUUUAUGAAGAUUUAGAAUUCAUUCCUUGUAUUUAAAGGGAAUGUUUAAUUGAGAAAUAAACAUUUGUGUACAAAAUGCUAAUUUGUGUGUGUUUUUUGAACAUGAAUUGUAAAAUGCGGAGCUUUGAUAAAAGUAUUGGUUUGUGUAGAAAAAGUGGCUUAAUUCGUUCUGUCACCUGGUUUAUGGAAAGUAGUUGGCAGCAUACGAGCUGCAUACAGUGGUGGCAUUUUUGUCAAAUUGCGUUGUCCUGUUGGUGAUGACGAGCAGUGACUCUGGGCGGCCCGCUAUUGAGCCAGCCCUGGGCUCCUUGGCGAAACUGUCUGAGUGCUGUGGACUGCACUCGCCUAGCACCUUCCACCUGUCUCCAAAAUGCUUCUCCCAGUGUUAGGAGGAAGUGACUGGAGUUGGCCAAACCCGGACCGGUCUGUUUGGGAAGCAGGGAGCUGUUCCAGUCGAAAUCCUUCCUGCCCAAGCGAGGCAGCCUUUGGCUCCGUCUUCAUUGAGCCCUGCUCACCUAUGCCUUCAGGAAGGGCCUGUUGCCUCCAGCCACUGUGCUGGACAUGGUGAGGCCCUUUCCCCUGGGCCCACAGGUGGCAGAAACUGGGGAGACUGGGCUCCAUGGCCACCCAGGGGUGGUAGCAGCUGGAGGUCUCAGGCCCAGUGGGAGGGGACAGCCCCACCUGCAUGUGCAGCCGACGCCCACAGGAACCAGGCAGUGUGGCUUCAUUGUUUUUGGCAAAUGUUUCAAGUAUAUUCUCAGAUUUUCCUCAUUUCAUUUUAUGGCCCAAGUUUCUUGGUUUUAGACCUUUGACGGCCCGCCCAUGGUGGUUCUGUCUCCUCAUGACAGUGGUGUAAAGGGGAGGAAACUGGUGUCCAUGUCUGCCUGCCUGCGCUGUUGGUAAAAACCGUGUGGGGAGGGAGAGGGUUUGUGCUUCCAGGGACCCACAGCCCUGCUUGGGAAGCCCCCGCUAGGAGUGGCGGCUUGUAUUUGGCUUUACGGAAUGGGUGCGCGUUGGCAGUUCCUAGGCGGGUCUGUACCACUUUAUUUUUCUCUAGGGGAUGCAGCUUUCUCACAGUGUGUCAUCGUGUAGUCAAGUCAAACAGAUUCCAAACCCCCCUCCUGUUCCUAGAAGUUCUCGGGCAGUUGUCUCCCUCCCAGUGCAGCAUUAAAUCUUGCUGUCUGUGGUGGAUUUCAGUGACCUUCAGUCAUUCAUCAAGAGAAUUGAGUAUAGUUAGAUGCCAAAGCCGAAGCCUGCGUUUUAGCCACCCUUGGGAAAUCUUAAUUACCUUUCCAGUCCAGGUAUUUACAUAGGUACAGGUAGCUGGGCCCGGGCUGUAGGAAUAGGAAGCUGGCCCUGCCCCUGAAUAUCUUAGUGCUGAGGCUCAUGCUCGAGGGUAGAGAGGAUAACAUUGAAGGCUGUGACCUAAAAACGGGACCAGCGGCCCCAAAGGCUGGGUUACUCGGAGUGCUCCUUACCGGACUGGGAAGCAUUUUGUGAUGUAGGUGCAAGAGGCUAUGCGAAGCUCUAACUCUCAAAGACCUUUUCUUUUGCACUUUGUUUUGAUGUUUCUUAAAAGCCAAACUUAAGCAGAGAGAAAUUAAAUGUUCUUAUGGGGACAGAGGGUGGGUUUUUCUGUAGGCUUUUGUUGGUUUUUCUGUGGGCCGUUGCCCUCUGAUGGAAUUAAUCUCUUUGGCUGUUCAUUUUUUUCAUAUUGUGUUUUUUAAACUUGUUGUACGGUGCCCUGCGAGCAUCAAGUCCCACCGAUGAAUAAAACUAUCUGAAGUCCUGCA